UGUGCAUACUAGAGGCAUUUAAAUCCUAUGGUAAACAUCUCCGAACGUUUACAAGCUGACAUUCUUUGGAGAGUAAAGAUGAUGAUAUGGGUAACAUGGAUGUUUACUACAUUUGCCGCGGGAUUUUUUGCAAUUCUGGUAUUCCAAAGGAUGAAUUACCCAUUGUUUUGGGUGGAUUUGAUUUAUUACCUAAACCUUCGGAAGGUUGGAAAGGCGUUGAAGUCUCGUAUGCAGAGAGGAGUCACCACUUACCUCGAUAGCUUUCUUUACCAGGCAAAGAAGAUACCUGACAAGGCUUUCAUAGUGUUUGAGGGUCAAACGCUCACUUACCAGGACGUUGAUAAAAGAAGCAACCAAUUUGCUAAAGUUUUCAGAACCGAAGGUGGCUUGAAGAAGGGUGAUAUUGUCGCUCUUCUGAUGAGCAAUGAGCCUGAUUUUAUUUGUGUGUGGUUCGGACUCAGUAAACUGGGCUGCGAGGUCGCUUUCCUCAAUUUCAAUAUCAAAUCCAAAUCGCUCCAAUUUUGCAUUGAAAGUUGCGGAGCGAAAUCGCUCGUCGUAGGCGCAGAUUUGGUGAGUUCACUGGGCGAGGUGUUACCCUCUCUAAAGGAGAAUGCCAUUGAGGUGUGGGUCACGGACAUUGGCUGCCCCCAUGAAGGGGUCAACACGUUACUGGACAAGAUGGAGCAGGCCUCAGACAUGGCCUUACCUGACUGUCCUAGAGCUGACCUCAUGUCCAACUUCCUGUUCAUCUUCACAUCAGGAACAACCGGACUUCCUAAGGCAGCCCGGGUGGGACAUCUCAAAGCAGUCAUGUGCAUGGCCUUCCUUCGUCUGUGCGGGGCCCGUUCUGAUGACAACAUUUACAUCACUCUGCCCUUAUACCACAUGACCGCCUCUCUUCUGGGUAUUGGUGGAUGUAUACAGCUCGGGGCAACGUGCAUAUUGAAAAAUAAGUUUUCUGCCAGUCAAUUCUGGAAAGACUGUGUGAAACAUAAUGUGACCGUGUUCCAAUAUGUCGGAGAACUCUGUCGCUACCUGGUCAACCAACCUGUGGUCCCUGAGGAGAGUGCCCACAAAGUGCGUGUUGCAGCAGGGAGUGGUCUGAGGGCAGAUGUCUGGAGGGAAUUUGCCAGACGCUUUGGGAAGAUCAAUGUCCGGGAAGCCUACGGUUUAACUGAGGCCAGCAUUGGCUUUGUCAACUACACCAAUGAAAUAGGACCCAUUGGAAGGGCGGGCUACUUCAACAAGCUUAAUAUGCCCUUUGAGUUCUUGAGCUGUGAUCCCCAAACAUAUGAGCCGAUACGGACCGACUCAGGACGAUGUGUCAAAGCAAAUAAAGGAGAGACGGGCCUCCUGGUGGCCCCGGUGUCGGUCAUGAAUCCUUUCCUGGGGUAUGCUGGGAAUACGCUUCAGUCAGAGAAGAAGCUCCUCAGGGACGUGUUCAAAGAGGGAGACGUGUACUUCAACACUGGAGAUCUCAUGCUUCAGGACCACAGAGACUUUGUCUACUUCCGUGACCGUAUCGGAGAUACCUUCAGGUGGAAAGGAGAGAAUGUGGCCACCACAGAAGUUUCAGAGAUUCUCGGAAGUUUGGAGUUCCUGCAGGAAGUGAACGUCUAUGGUGUUACUGUGCCAGGUUAUGAAGGCAGAGCAGGUAUGGCAGCCGUUGUCCUAAAGAUGGACCAAAAGCUGGAUGGUAAGAAACUCUACAACCAUUUGGUCCAAAGUCUCCCCGCUUACUCGUGGCCCUGGUUUCUACGGAUCCAGACAUCCAUAGAUGUGACCGAGACCUUCAAGCAGCAGAAGAGGAAGUUGGUGCAGGAGGGCUUCAGUCCUGAGGCCGUCCAGGAGUCCCUGUAUUUCUUGGACCUAUCCCAGAGAGACUACGUCCCGCUCACUCUGUCUCUGUAUGAUGACCUUGUCUCUGGAAAGAUACGGCUCUAGGCUGUCAGGUCAGCAGGACUGAACAGAAAGGUGUAUUUCUGAUUUUAUAACGGGUUUAUAUACAGUACUGUUUUAAAGGCGUUAUUUACCCAGGAAGCCUCACUGACUGACUGUGUACUGUGCAUCUAAUCUUCAGCCACGUUUUUUUUUUUUUUUUUUUUUUUUCGUUAAGGGAUUAUAUAAUAUGGUAAUUUUUAUCAGAUGCUUUUAUCCAAAGCACCUGUAUACAGUAAGACUGAGCCAUCCGAGCCAGCAAAACCACAUAGUUUACCUAAAAGUUAAUACCUCAAAAGGGGUCCAAAAAGAGUCCAUAUUUUUUGCACCGUCCAUUGUGUACUAUGUACUGCUAGAUGGUACACAACGGACGGUGUGAAUUCUCCUAAUGUACUAUGUACUGCUAGAUGGUACAUUAGGAGAAUUCGCAGGCCUCAAUCCAACAUGAAAUGGAAAGGUUGACAAACAUCAAAUUCUAUCUAAUUUAAUUUAAAAUGUAAUUUAAUUUUAUCUCCUAUGUGGCAUCACAUGCUGAUCCGCAUACCUAGGUUUCAGUCGGCACGCGUUACAGCAGGUUAACCCCUAAAGCUUGACUCAUUUAUGACCUACAAUGGUCCUCUCUUGUCCACACCUCUGGGCCUUAAUUAUAUCCUCAAAUUUAAGACUGAGUUUUUCCUGGUCAAGUCACAUGGUCAUGAACAACUUCCAGCCAUAAGUAUGAUUUACAAAGCUAUUAAAUUAUGGUAAUGAAUUAAUGAUUUUAAGACUUGCAACUGGUUUUUAUCAAGUGUGACCACAGUUAUUUAGUUCUUAUCAAUGGCAAAUGUAAUUUAACCUUUACUUAACCCGGAAAAGACCCUUGAGGUUAGAAACCACUUUUUGCGAGUUGUACCUGAGCGGGAAAUGUUAAAACUAACCCAGAUAAUCCCACCAUUUUAAUCCAUAGACCUUUCAGAAAAACUAUAUCUUGUUUUCUAUACAUUUAGACCUUUCAGGAACUCGCUGCUUUUGCAUUACUACUAUGUGACAUUUUUGAAUAAUGACCGUGCAUAUUGUAUGUAUGUCCUGGAUAACGUGGUUUAUUUUUGUGUUUAUGAUUAGGUAUUAGAUUAUUGCAUAGAUUUUAUGUGAAUAUAUUUGUUGUGUGUUUUUAUAUAUAUAUAUAUAUAUGACAAUUUGUUUUGCGGUUAUGAAGAUGUCAUAACAGCACACUGGCGACUCACUUACAGUGAAUUGCUCCGACUCAUAUCUGCAUCCUGACAUUCCUGAAAGUGCAUAUUAACCCGACAGAAGGAACAUUUUUUAGUUUAGGCAUAAGGGUCCAAAAUGAAUUCAGGUUACGUUUAGGUUAAAUGAAUUAAGGUUAGGUUUAGGAAGAGGGUUAAGGUUAGGUAUUGUUUCAGUGAGGUUAUGGUAAGGGAAAGGGAAAGGCAUAAAAGUUGACUUUGGGUACUACCCGUUUGCCGACCAUUCAUUUUUCUGAUGGUUGUAAAUAUAUACAGCCAUCCUUCUGGCCUUUUUAUGUUUGGAUUCCAACACAUAUCUCUAGUCAUCCUAAAUGUGGUGUUAAACAACAUAACAUUCCCAUUCCCUUUGUUUUUGAGACCGCGCUAGGACAUAAUCUGUCUGUUAUCAUUUUAAAAAUUACACCCUGUUUUUAAAGUGAUGUCUGACCCAGAUUGAUAAAAAAAAAUGUAUGUACAUUAUAACAUUCCUUUCAGUUGAAAUAAACCAUAGUAUUUUCAUUGCAAUGUGUGCCUGUGUGUGUGUCUUGCCAUUUCACUCCUUUGUAAGUGUGGCUUUUCCCUGAUAAUACACACGUUUGCAUUAUUGCUUACAUAGACAGUAAUUGCCUGUAGUUAAUACGCAAUAUAUAAUUGUCUACUUAUAAUAUAAGUUGUUCUAACACACAUUUGUCAUUGGAAUAAAUUAUAUCACCUGUUUAAUA